UGAUUGGCUGAGGGGAUUGCGGGUCCUCAGACCGAGCGCUCGCCUCGGAGCUGAGAGUUCGCCAGUGUGCACCAGUGAAGCGAGAGGAGCGCUUGUUGGAGUCAACUAGACAGCCUUCUGGCAACGAGUAGUGAUUUCUUUUUUUCUGCCUCAACCAGGCUGGAUAUAGGCGACUGUGCUUCAGUUUGCUGCAGCUAAACAUGCGUUUUGAACAUACAGUAGUGCUCUGACAAGGUUUCCUCCCACAGGCUUUUGGCUACAUUUUCAUCGGAUUUUUUUUUCUUUUUUUCUGUGUUGCAUGGACUAAUAAUCGGGAUAUGUGAAGCCUUUUCCAACUGACACAGAAGGAAAUCAAUUAGUAAGUAAAAGCUUGAAGACUUACGGAGGGGACGAAAGACUAAAUCUGCUGGAAAUAAAAAGGUAAUCGGGACUUGAGUGAUGUGAUGAGACAUUCCUGCAAUUGCACCCUCUUUUUUUAAGCAAAGCUAUCCGGACUUAGGCUGUUGAAUAAUUUUGCGACUGCUGAUUCUUUAUUUUAUUUUAUUUUUUUCAUCAAUUGUGCAGUUUAAAAGCCUAUAGCUGUCUAUCGAUAAGGAAAUUUGACCACUGCCUGUAUUAAAUUGCACAAAACAAGAUGUUUAUUCAAAAUGCGACUUAAAUAUUGACUGGGAUAAAGGCUGAAAAUCUAACACGGACUUUUAAGCUCCUUUACUUUAUCAACAAAGAAGUUUUUUUUUUAAAUUGUGGACUUACUCAAAGGAAUUUUGUGUCUAUGCAGUCCGAACAUUUAUUUCUAGUUCCAGCCCACUUGAAAAUGGACGAUUCAUCGCACAAGUUCUGUGUAAGACCACUUUGCCGCUUGAUAAGAGCAGCACGGAUUUAUUCGACUAAAUCAGUACUGUGAGAAGAUUCAGCAUGUUUUCACAGAUCUGUCGUCCCCAGUGUUUCGUCCGCUGCAGUAGACCAGAGGAUGUUCCCUGCCUGUGGAGAGUGAAAUAGGCUAAGGCACUUGUUAGAAUUUUAGCUUUCACACCUAGAUAUAAUUUUCAUACAUACGAGAUUUUCAUCACUCAGAUACUUUUUGGACAUUUUAAUGAGAUGGUUAAUUUGCAUAAUUUUUCCAGUUGUCUCUGACGUGUACCUCUGUGCGUAAUUAUCAAGGUCUUUGUUAGGCACAGGAAAAGUCAACAGGUACAAUGCAAACGAAGGAGAUGGAAUUAAUACAAUUAACUGCUGUGUUCCUCCUUUUUUGGGUCGGGACUGAAGCUGUUAUCAAUUUAAAGUAUGGAAUAAACGAGGAAAUGAGGGCCGGGUCAGUGAUAGGAAACGUGACAAACGACGCACUAAAGCAAGGAUUUCAGAUUGCACCGCAGCCCCCGUACUUGAGGGUCAUAUCCAAUUCACAUCCUGGAUAUGUUGAACUGAGUCCAGCAGGAAUUCUUACAGCCCAACAGAAAAUAGAUCGGGACGUAUUUUGUCGACAAAACCCAAAGUGCAUUAUAUCCCUAGAAGUGAUGUCAAACUCUAUGGAGAUCUGUGUCAUCAAAGUUGAAAUUGAGGAUUUGAACGAUAACGCACCCAGAUUCCCUACGAGCCACAUUGACAUAGAAAUUUCUGAGAAUGCUUCCCCUGGUACCAGGUUUCCCCUAGAGGGGGCAAGCGAUCCGGACUCGGGGAUCUUUGGAGUGCAAUCAUAUUCUAUCACUCCAAAUGAGCUUUUCGGACUAGAAAUAAAGACCAGAGGGGAUGGGUCGAAAAUUGCUGAGCUUGUUGUGCAAAAAUCGUUAGACAGGGAAACUCAGUCCCACUAUACAUAUGAAAUCAGCGCAGAAGAUGGAGGAGACCCACCAAAGAUAGGUGCGGUCCAGUUAAAUAUUAAAGUAAUUGAUUCUAAUGAUAACAACCCCGUUUUUGACGAGCCAGUGUAUACAGUUAAUGUGAUGGAGAAUUCCCCCCGUAAUUCAUUAGUCAUAGACUUGAAUGCAACGGAUCCCGACGAAGGCACUAAUGGAGAGGUCUUGUACUCGUUCAACAGUUACGUCACCGAGAAAACGAGGGAUGCUUUCAAAAUUGACCCCAGAACCGGGGUUAUCACUGUCAUUGGUGAUUUGGAUUAUGAAACGACGCAAAUAUAUGAAAUCGACGUCCAAGCCAAAGAUCUAGGUCCAAACUCUAUCCCAGCUCACUGCAAAGUCACCGUGAAUGUGAUGGAUACUAACGAUAACCCACCUGUCAUCAGUUUACUCUCACUGAACACAGAGAUGGUGGAAGUUAGUGAAAACGCGCAGCGUGGAUAUGUCAUUGCGCUGGUGAGGGUGUCAGAUAAGGAUUCUGGGGCAAACGGCAAAGUGCAGUGCAGGCUGCAGGGUAAUGUUCCGUUCAGACUACAAGAAUAUGAGAGCUUUUCCACUAUACUUGUUGAUGGCAGGCUGGACAGAGAGCAAAAGGACACAUACAACCUGACCAUCCAAGCAGAGGACAGUGGCAUCCCCCCUUUACGCGCCACAAAGUCGUUGGUAGUAAAAGUCACAGAUGAAAACGACAACCCUCCCCACUUUCUUAAGCCACACUAUCAAGAGAUGGUGAUGGAAAACAACCUCCCUGGCUCAUGCCUGCUAACAGUAUCAGCUGAAGACCCUGAUCUGGGGAUGAAUGGCACCGUUUCAUACUCAAUAGUCCCUGGUGAGAUUAAGCACAUGGAUGUAAACACAUAUGUCAGCAUAAACCCAUCAGGCCGCAUUUAUUCAAUGAGGUCGUUUGAUCAUGAAUACACUAGGACUUUUGAUUUCAAAGUGCUGGCCAGAGACAACGGCAAUCCGUCUUUAUCAAGUAACGCAACAGUGCGCAUCGUCGUGUUGGAUGUCAACGACAACACACCUGUUAUGACAAACCCUCCGCUGGUUAAUGGCACAGCGGAAGUUUCUAUCCCAAGAAACGCUGCGAAGGGUUACAUGGUGACCCAAAUUAAAGCUGACGACUAUGAUGAGGGGGAGAACGGGCGGCUGACCUACACUAUCUCAGAGGGAGACAGGACUUUCUUUGAAAUCGACCAGGUGAACGGAGAGAUACGCUCCACCAAAAUGUUUGGGGAAAACGCCAAAUCCACCUACGAAAUCACAGUUGUGGCGAGGGAUCACGGCAAGCCCUCCCUGUCCUCUUCGGCCUAUAUAGUGGUGUACCUCUCUCCAGACCUCAGCGCGCAGGAGUCUAUAGGACCUGUCAACUUGUCUCUCAUCUUCAUCAUCGCCUUGGGCUCUAUCGCAGCUAUCCUGUUUAUCACCAUGAUUUUUGUGGCGGUCAAGUGCAAGAGGGAUAACAAGGAGAUCCGGACGUACAACUGCAGUUUCUUCUACUUGCGCAGGGUCGCGGAGUACUCAUACGGCAACCAGAAGAAGUCCAGCAAAAAGAAGAAGCUGAGCAAGAACGACAUCCGCCUGGUGCCCCGAGACGUUGAAGAGACAGACAAGAUGAAUGUGGUGAGUUGCUCAUCUCUCACCUCCUCGCUCAACUACUUCGACUACCACCAGCAGACCCUGCCGCUGGGCUGCAGGCGCUCUGAGAGCACCUUCCUCAACGUGGAGAACCAGAACUCACGCAAUGCAGCUCCCAACCAUGGCUAUCAGCACCCGUUCACAGGGCAGGGUCACCAGCAGCAGCCAGACCUCAUCAUCAACGGCAUGCCACUGCCAGAGACGGAGAAUUAUUCCAUUGACUCCAGUUACGUGAACAGCAGAGCCCACCUCAUUAAAAGGCCCCCAUGUAGCACAUCGACAUUCAAGGACCUGGAGGGGAACAGUCUGAAGGACAGCGGCCAUGAGGAGAGCGACCAGACCGACAGCGAACAUGAUGUCCAGAGGGGACACUAUGUUGACACGGCUGUCAAUGACGUGCUGAACAUGACUGUUCCUCCUAAUGUUUGCCAGCUGCCAGACCAAGAUCCCAGUGAGGGCUUUCACUGCCAGGAUGAGUGUCGGAUCCUAGGCCACUCUGACCGCUGCUGGAUGCCUCGCGUUACAGUCCCAGCACGCGCCAAGUCACCCGAGCACGCUCGCAACGUCAUCGCUUUGUCUAUCGAGGCCACCACGGUGGACGUGCCACACUAUGAGGAUGGCACAACAAAGAGGACUUUUGCCACCUUUGGCAAGGAUGGGUCUGAAGAUGUGGAACGAGGAGACAUAAAGGGAAAGCGGACUCAGGAGUCUCAGGUGUGUAGCCCCAAGGCCAAUGGAGGGGCUGUUCGUGAAGCUGGCAAUGGGCGGGAGGCGGCCAGUCCCAUCACUUCCCCUGUGCACCUGAAGAGCCCAAUGUGCAAGCCGUCAUCUGCCUACAACACGCUUAAAUGCCGUGACGCAGAGCGAAUCGCCAACCACAGCCUGCUGCGGCAGCCGGAGGGGAAGGACAGUGAGCCGGCUGUAAGGGAGAUCAACACGCUUCUCCACGACGGCCGAGACAAGGAAUCCCCCAGCAGCAAGCGCCUGAAGGACAUUGUGCUUUAGCAAGCUUCUCUGUGACACACACCAACAUGUAUACACACAUCCAGUGUAAACUCACAUAUAUAUACCCCGCAAUAGCUGUGUAUACACAGAAGAAAAUCUGGCUGUGGCAGUAGAGAGACACACCCAUUUGCAGUAUACAAAAUUGAAAAACCAGCCUGGGCUGAAGAUAAACUGACGUAUGCUGCAGCUAGUUGUGUGCUCAGGCCCAGGUAGUGGAUGUGGCUUCGUUGUAGUCGCAGUACUUUUUCCUUGUUUGCUUUUUGUUCAGAUUUCUUUCUAUCAGCCUGCGAUGAGUGGACAGGCAGGUUACUGCCGACUGCAUGGACACGGCCAGUGGAGCUCUCCAGCCCUCGACCCAAAGCAGGACUUUACAUGUUUGGACACCUGAGGUGCCAGUUCAUACGUACAGUUAUGCCUUUUGAACUACUUUUGUAUCACGAACUGAUAUUUGCCUUCUUUGGUUUUGCAGUCUGUUUUAGCUGCCAAAAUCGCUCUUUGUUCCUUUGUAUAGAGUUCUGUCACUGUAAUAAACAAAAACAAAUACACACAGGAUUCAUCCAAAAAUAUCAUCAAUUUACUCCUUCAGAAGUUUGCAGUGCAUUCAGGAGAAGGAAGGUGAGGCCUCCCGGUCUCAUGUCUUCCUGUCCCUGACAAAUAAGAGAAACUUUCUCUGCAUGUCCCUGAGGACAUCCUCGUGUCAUCAGACUGUGAGGUCCUUACAGUAUUUAUAUUUUAUCACGGAUGGAGCUGAUUGAACUCUCGUUGUCUGCCAAGCCGCUCUGACUGCAGGAGGUGGGGACAGACAGAUACUUGUGAUCAAAUUGCGUUGUAUGAAACAAAAAAAAGACUUUCUGCUUUUGAAAUCUCCUGUGCCCAACCUUGAUUGUAGCCAGUGGAGCACAAAUUAGAACUUUGUGCUUUGGUCUUGUACUUUUUUUGACUUUUGACUAUGGGGCUAGGAUAGAAGGGAUCGUCACUCAUGUCUUGCUAUGUGAAACUCUGUAUAGGGUUUACUAUUAUCAUUUUUAAUAACCUGUUGUUAUGUGACAAUCCCUUUAAUGUUUUGUUUCAAGAGAAAAAAAAUGAAUAAACAUUGGUGUUCAACUGAAGCUACAGUAGCGUUUGUUACACAAACACAAAAAUAAAAAAAACAUAUAUGCCAAAAUAUAUUUUAUAAAUAAUUUAAAAUGUAUAAUGAGAAUAUUUAAUGCUGUGUAGUUAUUUUAUCAGUAAGUUAUACUUGAAAUUAACUUGCUUUUCGUUCAUUUGUCUUUUGCUUUUAUAUUGAACCGGAUUUGUUUUGGGGUUUUUUUUUUGUUGUUUAUGUUCAAAACUUGGAUUUUUUUUUUUGUUUACUGUGUGAUCCCUGGCAACUGUUGACUUGCAGUCUACCUUGUUGUAAAGAGUUUCUUAUUGGUCAGUUCUUGUGCCAUCCAGUUUCUGUGUGGGCUACCAGAAAAUGUAAAAAGACAAAAAAAAUUACAUAAAACAACAACGACAAAAAAAAAAGCGAUUUCAGCACCAACAUUAGUGUGUCAGUUCAAUGAGCUUAGAGUGAGAUAGCAAAAGAAACCAAAAAAGAUGCAAACACAACCUUAAUGAUUGCAGGAUGUUGCUUCAUCUCAGUAUCAAAGGAGGAAGAACAGCUUCCAGUGUUCUCCAGGCUGCAACGAGGUUCCACCUAUUUUAUCUGUGUAAUAGGUUGGCUUUCCUAUAUGGCCCAAUCACAUGGGGAAAAAAAGACUUUUCCAACUUCAGAUGAGGGCAUUGUGAUGUGCAGAUUAGCUUUACUCAGCACUGCUGUCACCCUGUACCAUCUGUGUUCUCCUGAUCUCAAAGCUAAGGUUGAGACCACAGUGGCAUAAGCAGGGCUCUCCCUUACUAUGAGCACCACACAACAGACUGGGUGGAAUCAUGCGAGAGGGAACUAAGGUCUUGGAAGAACCGUGUUGCACAUCAGCAAUGUGGUUUUAUGUUGCUUUGCAGUAAACUAUGUACAAUGUGGAAAAAUAUGAAUGAAAAUGGACAAAUUGCAUACAACAAACUAGAUCUCUGUAGCUGAAUGUUUUGCUGGUCUCACCCAUGGCUUCUGGCAACAUGAAAAUCGGAAUAAUCACUGAAUGUAUACAGCAGCUUAUAA